GUUCAGUCCCAAAUGGGAAUGAAUUGUGCCUGCGGAUAUUUUCGGCCAUUUUGACAGGGAUGAGGUGCUGCAUUUGGAAUUCAUGAUGGCGUGAGUGUUUGGCAAACAGCGCGGUAGACUGCGCGGUAGAAGAACACUUUGUUGGAAGACUUUAUUUGGAGGGAACGCUUUCAUCGGUGUCACAUCUGCCUGGAAAUGUUGUUCAGUUAUCAAACGAUUUUGAGAUUAUCCGGAUAUUUACACUCGAGGGAAAUAUAAAUUUGUUCGUUGAAUGUAUCAGUACCAUGUUUUUGCACUUGUUAGUGACGAUUAAAAUGAUCAGCUGCAUCUCCAACUUGGAAACGGAGAAGGAUUUACUCCUGCAAAUAGAGAAUCAGAGAAAAUUCUAUUCUCUUUCCUCCGAAAAGAAAGUACUAAAUAAAUAUGCGAAUCGAAGUGGCACAAUUACACGUCUAUACGUGUAUUAUAUUUAUGCUAGCGUUGCCCUGUACAUGUGUUCGCCAUUGGUACCCAAAAUUUUGGACUGUAUUUUACAUUUGAAUGAGAGUUCACCAAUAAUUUUUCUGUAUGAGGCCGAAUAUUUUGUUGAUCGUCGAGAAUACACAACAUGGAUUUUACUCCAUUCGUACGUCGUGACACUUUUAGAAGCAACAGUGGUUGUUGCGUUUGAUUCCCUGUACUUUCAUUUGGCGGAACAUGCAUGCAGUUUGUUUUCAAUUGCGUGCAAACGGAUGGACAGAUUGGCUCAUGACAUAGAAUUCCAAAAAUCAUCAGACCAGAGCAUCUCCGCAAAGAGGGACGAUGUUGGUGAUGCUGUUGUACUCUGCAUCAUGCAGCACAUGAAAGCACUCAAAUUCGCUGAUCUUUUGGGGACAGUAUACACCAAAGCGCUGUUUUUUAUCCUAGGUAUAAAUAUGCUAGCCAUGAGCAUAACAGGAUUUCAGACCGUUAUGAAGCUUGAUGAACCCAGUGAGAGCGUUCGAUUAGGUUGCUUCACAAUUGCACAGCUGAUUCAUCUGUAUUUUCUCAGCUGGCCGGGUCAAAGACUGAUGGAUCACAGUCAAGAAAUCCAUUCUGCAGCUUAUCAAGGAUCCUGGUAUAACAUGCCAGUGCACCUCCGGAAAUUAUUGAUGCCGAUCAUGAUGAGGGGGUCCAAACCAUGUGUCGUAUCGGCUGGUGGAUUUUACGUAAUGUCUCUGCAAAGUUUCAGUAUGGUAUUGAAAACAUCAGCUUCCUACUUUACUGUUCUAAUGUCAUGCCAAUGAUGCUAGCGAAGGAGUGGAUCACUGAAUUGUUAAAAUAUUAGCACCUGUUAGAAUUGUUAUUCAAGAGUAUUUGUGGCUUUUUCAUCCGCAAACUUUGACUGUGACGAGAAUUCGAACAACCAGUACUAAUGUUGAACAGAAUGUAGUGUAUUAUCAAGAAUUCGUGAUAAGAGCAAUUUUCCAUACGAUUUUGGUGCCGUAGAUUCCCCUAGCGACUAGAUGUUGUUUGUUCCACAAUUUUUCCCUCUAGCCCAAUUCCAAUCUUGAGUCAUCAACUGAUCAUGUUUCUUCUCCAUCAUAUUAUACUGAUCCUGCAGAUGCAGAGGAAGAGCGACGUACAGAGCAUCUCCACCAAGAUUUAUUGAUUCAGUUAUGGAGAUCGGAAUGGCCUGAUUGGUGAU